UUGAAUAUUGCAUAUACAUUUGCUUUUGUAGCUUCGUUGGGUUUACAUUUAGUGAGGUGACGCUAAUAGGAGCGUUUCCCUAUUUGUCCGUUAGCUAAGGUCACCGUGCUGUGUACAUAACGUGGAGUAAAGUGCUAUAAAUAAGCUCGAUGCCGCCUACUGAAGUCUGCAGCACCUAAGCAACACAAAGUUGAUUUAAAAUAUGGCAUCUCGCUUCCUCAAGUACUCAGUGCUUCUCCAGAAAUACCGAACUCCGCUGCUCAUUGCGAGCUGUGGCGGGGUAUUUGCAGCCAACUUGUUCUACCAUGUUUUCCCUGACAUUUCCUACCGUCCGCUCUAUCAGGCUUGGUACAAAGGAGAGCCCGUCACGCUGUCUGAGAAGCUUGAGGAUGUUUUCCAGCAGGUGCUUAAAGAAUAUGGUAUCAGCUCAUCCAAGACCUUCUCUGCCUUCGCCUCAUUCGGGUUCCAUCCGGUUGGUGCUGGUGUCCCUUGGCUUCCUGCAGGGGCUCAGAUCGGCAUCCCAGCAAACUUUAACAGCACGAUUGAUGACCCGAGUGGAAUCACCAACCGCACCAUUUUCAUCAAUGGCAAAACAGUAGACUGGAGCAGUGAUACUGGCUCCGCUCUAAAGGAGGUACUGGUGUUUUCCGUCGAGGCACAGAAAUUUGCCAUUGCACGAGAAGUAGCCCGUUUGCAGUUUGGAGGACCUGUUCUGAAUGCUGCUGUUGCCCCGGUCUGUCUGGCUGGAGUUUGGAUGUACAGUGUGGCACUGAAGCAGGUGUUCGGACUCUUCACUGGGCCUGCACUCUUGCGUGGGGCUGUGAAUGCUGUGGCGCUGGGGCUUGGGCUCGUGUCCUACUUCCUCACCUCGGAUGCUGUCAAUCGCUGGAUUGACUUAAGCUCAGACCGGCGUGCAGCUGGAGUGUCCUGUGAUUAUGCCAAAGGAGGGGUAGAGUUUUAUGAUAAGAUUCUGUCCAGGAACAAGACACUGCGCUCCCUGAUGGGGCAGAAAGGAGAGACUAUGUAUGCUCCCAGUGGGAACUUGUUCCCUUCUCACCUCCUGCAGAUGAAACACACACCGUACACAUUAAGAAGGGAGGGGAUUCUCAAUCUGCUGAAAAAGGACAAAGUUUGAAAAGAAAUGGGAGUGGGGCUCUUGUGUCACUGGGCCUCACCUUAAUCUGUAAUAACUGUUAACAGGGUGAGAGUGUGUGUGUGAGGGGAAAAAAAAUUGAAAAAAUAAAUUAUUUUAUGAGUCCUGGAGUGAGGAAUUACAACCCUAUUUCCAAAAAGCUGGACUGCUGUGUGUAACAUGUAUAAAAUGGUGUACCUGUUUUUGACACAGACACAACCAAAAAUAGUAGAAAGACAAUAUAAUUAAUAGAUGAUGUUAUCAUGAUUGUAUGAAAAGGGCGUCCUUGGUAGGCUCAGUCAUUCACAAACAAGGAUGGGGCCAGGUUCGCUACUUUGUGAAUCACAUUAUUGUAUAAAGGAUUCAGGAUCAGGAACACCCCCUAAACCCAUUCCGUUUUCAUUUUACAGAACUUCUCAACUUUUUAGGUCUUUGUCAUGCAGAACAACAUGUUUUCAUUUCUGGCUCUUGGUAUUCCAGUUAGAACCUGAUAGGAAAGAUAAGUGUUACAAAACCUCUGUUUAACAAUUAGGUUCCUUCAGAUAACAAAAAAAAGACAUAUACUUAUUGGUAUCUUGCCAUGUGUUUUGAAAUUACUUGCCUGGGUUGUAAGAUAUCCCUGUGCAAGACUCCAAGGUUGAAACCAUUUAUUUCUUCUCCUGGUUGAACCAGUUGAUCAGUUUUUAAAAACAGAAAUGGAAGAAUCGCAGCACAGAAUAAUCACUCUGCUACACCAGAGAGGUUUUCCAUUUCAGAUCUUAAGUUUGGGCCCCAACAUCCAAACACACUCAGGCGUGAGUUAUGUGUAACAGUAUCUUCAGAUAAAGACAGUAUGGAGGAAAAUACUUUGCAUUGUUCAGAAAAGGACUAGCAUUUACAAUCUCUGUUCUGGUUGUGUUUUGGUGUUGUAAAGAUGGAAACAUGAGCCAUGAAGAAAUGAAUCUUCCCUAACCAUCUGUAUGUGCCUACUUGGCAAUAUUUUACCAGCAAAUCUAUGAAAAGAAUCUAUCUUUUUUUUUCUUUGUAUGAAUAACAUAUAAUUGUGUUCACUAUAAUAAAUGGCGGUGUUGUUUUAUUCCUCUCA